AUGUUCUGUAAAUCAUAUUCAUCCUGCUGCUCCAUCCUAAGUGAAACACACACUGUUCCACUGGUUCUAUCACAAAACAGAGGAAUCAACAGGCAGAACUGUGAUUCUGGACUACCUUCCCCACUUCCUUCUGAUUGCUUCAAGUAUGUCAGCUGGUGUGACAUAGAAGAACAUGGUGUUCAAGGAAAUCUGCUUCAUUGUCCCCGAGUGAGAGAAGGGCCCUCAGAAGAAGAGCUAUUUUUCAGAGGAGAAGAACAUACUUUGAAAAAAAUAAAACAAGCAACUGACACAGAGAAGUGGCAAAAGAAACUGCAAGAGAACUGGGAAGACUGUGCUGAGUUAAACCUUUCAUUUCAGGACCUGGGUGAUCUUUACCAGGUGGAAAAAUUCAAAAGGAUUCUCCAAAGGUUAAUCCGGGUGGAAAAACUUUGGUUGGUGGACAAUUCUUUGACAGACCUAAGUGCCAUAAGGUUGCCAAGAUGCAGAGAACUAAAUGUCAAUAAAAACCACUUUACAUCCUUCAAACAGCUGCCAAGGAUACCUCAGAUUCAGCACUUAUCACUUGCUGAAAAUAACAUUAUGACACUAAGUGGAAUAUCAGACUUCAGACAUACUCCACUUGAAUCCCUUAUACUCAAGAGGAAUCCCUGUGAGUUUCAAGAAAGAUACAGACAACUUGUGUUCUCCAGUUUGCCAAAUCUGAAAAUGCUGGAUGGUAUCCCAAAACUGCCAGAGGACUGUUCACCCCCAAAUAUCAGGUUUUUUUUCAAAAUGUGUGCUAUACUCUAGCAGUGUAUUUUUGUAGGAUUAAAACUGUGCUAGAAACACCUCAUUUAAAAGAUGCAAUAAACACUUU